AAUCAGCGCGGUCGGGCACGUAGCGCCGGGCUGUCAGUCGGUGAACGGAAUCCGUGUCGCGUGGUUCAGUCGCUGGAAGCGAGUCGAAGGGUGCGAGUGGUUCGAGAGCUUCCGUGCAAGCUCGUCGGAGAACGGACAGAGCAGACGGGCCUGUUUUGUGCGCGAUAACGGUCUCCUCUCGCGAUCGUGUCCACCGAUUAGAAUGCGGUGAAGUGUGAAACAAUUACGUGGUCCUGGGCGCGGCGUGCGGCGACUCAGGCGGCAGGAAAAAGGGCUGGUAGCAAGCUGGCCGGCAUGUGCACGCAGUACACCGCCGUCGCCGCUGUCCUUAUCGCGAUGUUCCUCUGCCGUGUUUGCUCCGCCGAGGAGCAGCCCGGGUCCUCGCACGAUCCCUGCAACGUCACCGGCGACGGACGGGAGUUUGUUUGCCGGGGAGCCGGAUUCCUGUCCAUCCGGCAGCCACUGGACCCGGUCGUCUCGCUCGUGAACAUCACCAAACUAGACCUAACGAACAACAACAUAACAGACAUUCCAGUCCGUGCCUUCCAUCGAAUUUCCAACAUCGAAGUCUUGCUACUCCGACGAAACCGUCUGCAGACGAUCGCCGACGAUGCGUUCACGAACUUAACGAGCCUUCGAGUAUUGGAGCUCGAUGACAAUUAUUUAACAAAAAUUCCGACCGCGAUCGUAAACCUCUCCGGCCUUGAAGACCUGUCCCUGUCGAACAACAAGAUCGAGGCGCUGGACGGCCCGGUGUUCCGGCGGCUCGCUAAUCUGUUGUCGCUGGAUCUGCGCGGGAAUCCGAUCAAGGAGAUCCACGGGGACGCUUUUCGGGAUCUACGGAAGCUCCGUAAGCUGAUCCUCUCGAACCUGAAGGAGUUACGGAUAUUCCCGGAUCUGAACGGCACACGGUCGUUGGAGGUGUUGAGAUUAGACCGGGCCCAGAUCAAGGACGUGCCGGGGAAUCUCUGCGAGAGCUGCCCGAGAUUGAAAAGUCUCGACCUGAAGUCGAAUUACCUGGCGGAGAUGCCGAACCUGCGGAACUGCAGCGAGCUAAGAGUUCUGGACCUGGCCAGCAACCAGAUCUCUUCGCUGAUGGACGAGCCGUUCCGGGGGCUGAGCCUGCUGCACGAUCUUCUUCUGUCGAACAACAGGCUCAGAAUCGUCUCCAGCGAGUCGUUCGUCGGCCUGUCGAAGCUGCAGGUGUUAGAUCUGGAGAGCAAUUACAUCGAGUACAUACACCCGGACGCGUUCAAGGAGACCAAGCACCUAGAAGACUUGAAUCUAGGGAACAACGUGUUCCCCGCACUGCCAACGCUAGGACUGUCCGGUCUGCUGCACCUGAAGACGUUCAACAACCCAGCCCUGAGGGAGUUCCCGUCGCCGGACAGGUUCCCAAGGGUGCAGACCAUGGUGCUCUCGUACGCUUACCACUGCUGCUCGUUCCUGGCCAUCGAGGUGGAGGAGCCGGUCACGAAAUCCUCCGUUCAAGAAUCGAUCCUGUAUCCCACCGACAACGAGUUCGACAUGAGUCUGUGGAACACGAGCUUCUCCGAUAUCUGGCCGCAGCUGAAUAACAUGACCGACAAAUUCGGCUCGCAAAUAAAUGAACUUCUGGCUAACUUUGGUACAGAUUUUACGUACCCCGGUAACCUGCCCUCAUAUGUUGAGGAUUAUUUUGAGGAGCAGAACGACCGUGUUACGCUGCCUGCGCAGACACUACCGUCACGGGUUCAAUGCCUGCCUCAGCCGGGUCCUUUCUUGCCAUGCCAAGAUUUAUUCGACUGGUGGACGCUGCGUUGCGGGGUAUGGGUUGUCUUUCUACUCGCCAUGCUGGGGAACGGCACUGUCGUGUUCGUAUUGAUAUUCUCCAGAAGCAAAAUGGACGUUCCCCGGUUUCUCGUUUGCAAUCUGGCCGCCGCGGACUUCUUCAUGGGCAUAUAUCUAGGUCUCCUGGCAGUGGUGGACGCCUCGACGUUGGGCGAGUUCCGCAUGUACGCGAUUCCCUGGCAAACGUCGGCCGGUUGCCAGCUAGCCGGGUUCCUCGGCGUCCUUAGCUCCGAACUGAGCGUGUACACCCUGGCGGUGAUCACGAUGGAGAGGAAUUACGCGAUAACCCACGCGAUGCACCUGAACAAACGGUUGUCCUUGAAGCACGCCGGCUACAUAAUGACGAUCGGCUGGUGUUUCGCACUGUCGAUGGCCGCCCUGCCGCUGGUCGGUGUCUCCGACUACCGAAAGUUCGCCAUAUGCCUGCCGUUCGAGACGAACGGCAACGCUGCUCUAGCCUACGUGAUCUUCCUGAUGCUGAUCAACGGAGUCGCGUUUCUGAUCCUGAUGGGCUGCUACCUGAAGAUGUACUGCGCGAUCCGUGGCUCCCAGGCGUGGAACUCGAACGACUCCCGCAUAGCCAAGCGAAUGGCUCUGUUAGUGUUCACGGACUUUCUCUGCUGGUCCCCCAUAGCGUUCUUCUCCCUGACCGCCACGUUCGGGUUGCAGCUGGUCUCUCUGGAGCAGGCGAAGGUGUUCGCCGUGUUCGUGCUGCCGUUGAACUCCUGCUGCAACCCGUUCCUGUACGCGAUCCUGACGAAACAGUUCAAGAAGGACUGCGUGCUGAUUUGCAAGGCGAUCGAGGAGUCCCGGGUGACUAGGGGGAUCGGUAGAUGCCGGCACAGCUCGAACUUCAGCAACCGGCAGACCCCGGUGAACACUAACAGCCUGAUGGACCGGUCGUCCAGAGACAAUCAGACGCCGUGCGCGUGCAACUCGAGGCUGCUCGAGCCCGGACAGUGCUCGGGCUACAGGCGAUGGGGCACCAGGAUACUGUGGCCCUGCGCGAAGGACACCAGGCCACGUCACAACCGGAGCGACCAGUACGCCUAUCAGAUCGCCGAGAUCCAACAGAAACAGCACAAGAGAGCCUCCUCGGUGUCAUCCAGCGAGAACUUCUCCUCGUCGCGAUCGGACUCCUGGCGGCAGACCCAUCAUUGCGGCAUACCACUGCGCUUGCUGGACCCCAAGAGAAGAGCCUCGUCCUGGCUGAUCACAAGGAAACCGUCGCAGGACUCGAAUCUCAGCUCGUCCAGAAACGAUUCCUCCGGUUCUGCUACCACCGCUAGUACCAGCACCUGGAGGAUUUCGCGAUCGAGCGCGUCCUUGGAGAUCGCUGCGAGGACCACGCCUAGGCCAGCCAGGUCGAAGCCGAGGCUCACGAGGCAACUCGCCAUCCAGGAGCCAGAACCACCCGGCUCGCCCAGCAGGCUCGCGGUUAGGCUACUCGCGACCAUACCGUCCGCCGCCGAGACCAGCGACCAACAGGACGACGAUAACGCGCCGCAGAAUUAGAGACGCGCUCUUCUGUUCACAGUGUUUGAGACCGCGCACGGCGGACUUGGCUCCGUUCAGACCCCCCGGAGGCACGUGUACUCCGUUUAAAUUCGAAUCUGGCAGCCAGGUCGAAUCAUUACUCUUAUAAUA